UUCGGUUGAAUGAACAUGGAGGAAGCGAUAAGAGCUUCAGCUGCUUCGACAAUGGCGGUGUGCGACAUACGCUCUGUGUUUGUAGUAUAAAACCCCAAGAGGAUCGCCAUCGGAAGGGAUCUAUCGGCCGCAGACUCUCCGUCCGGCGAGCGCUGUCGGCUCCGGCCGUGUUGCUUGUACUCCUCCUCCUCCUUCUUGGUCCCUUCCGUUUCCGAUGUUUAGGGGCUCUGAGAGCGAGCGAGCGAGCUGAGUCCGUGCUUCUCUAGGGUUUCGCAAUCGGAGGAAAAUGAAUGCUAACGUAUGUGAAAUCGGGAGCAUGGAGAGGGAGUACAUGAGGAGGCACCACAAGCAUGAGGUCGCAGAGAAUCAGUGCAGCUCCGCUCUGGUCAAGCACAUCAGGGCUCCCGUUCCCCUCGUCUGGUCUUUGGUGAGAAGGUUUGAUCAGCCCCAAAAGUAUAAGCCUUUUGUCAGCAGGUGCGUCGUGCGUGGAAAUCUCGAAAUUGGUAGUCUGAGGGAAGUUGAUGUUAAGUCUGGACUUCCUGCCACUACAAGUACAGAGAGAUUGGAGCUUCUUGAUGAUGAUGAGCAUAUCUUGAGCAUUAGGAUCGUCGGUGGGGAUCACAGGCUUAGGAACUACUCUUCAAUCAUUUCUCUUCAUCCAGAAAUCAUUGAAGGAAGGCCGGGGACUUUGGUGAUUGAAUCAUUUGUGGUGGAUGUUCCCGAGGGGAAUACCAAGGAUGAGACUUGCUACUUCGUAGAAGCCUUGAUCAAGUGCAAUCUUAAAUCUCUUGCCGAUGUCUCAGAGCGGCUAGCAGUGCAGGACCGGACUGAGCCCAUUGACAUGAUGUUAAAAUAGGUGGCGAGAUGUGUUGGUAUUGUAGGUUGCCGAGGAUGAAGCUUCUGAAGCUUUCCACUUGAAGAGGCUUUGGAGACAGACUGGCACUAGCUCGUUUCUCUAAUCUUCUCAUACUCUCUCUCUCUCUCUUUGGGGGCGCUGCUGCAGUUGUUCAUCUCCACUUAGAAAUUUUUUGCUCAAUUCCGUGUUUGGUGGUGCAAGAAUUAGAGAUUUACCGAUCCCGUUUCAUGACAGUAAAAGGAUGAGAAGAAAAGGGUCAUGAUUCUCCGAGAGGAGUUUGUUUCGUGCCUGUGUAUGUGCUGGAUGAAGUCGUGUACAUUUUGUUUCAUUGGGUAGUGAGAGUUGUAUUCAGUAUGAGUACUAGUACUGAGGACUACUAGUACUUCUUCACGGGUUUCUAGUCUGUGUUGCAAUUUGGGAA